GAGGAGCAAGAAAGAAGCAGUAAGUUAUCAUAAAAUACAGAGAAUGUGAUAAAUUACUGCAUUAUACUGACCAAGAGAACGGUGCAUUUCAUUGGUCUGCACCCCAGCGCUUGCCCUACACUUAUGCCAGGCAGGGGGGGCAGGAGUGUUGCGGGCUGAAAUAGCAAUAAACGCCAGGGGAAAUUAUAAACUAUGAGAGUAUUCAGCGAUGAUUGUGUUGAAAGGAAGACUGAAGCAAGAUGCCGACACUGACCACAUCUCUCCUCCUCCUCCUCCUCCUCUUCUUCCUCCUCCUCCUCCUCCUCCUCCUCCUCCUCCUCCUCCUCCUCCUCCUCCUCCUCCUCCUCCUCCUCCUCCUCCUCCAGGGUGGUCAUAUCGCAAAGUGGAACAGAAACAGGAACAGACAGUGAAGAGGACAGAAGUCACAGCACAGAGAAUCUUAGACAAGGAGCGGAUAGCAAAGAACAAGUCUAAUGUGGGCCAGCCGGAGGUGACCACCACCACAACCACCUACAGUGUGGACUACGGCCCCCACACCACCAACGGGCUCCCGCACCCCCACGGCUCCCCUGACAACACCUCCUCACGCCAGUCCGUCUCCUCGGCAGGGGGAGAGAGUACCCAACUGGUCUCUCGCAAACAAACCCAACACACCACUCAGCAGAUCACCACCACCACCAAAGUCAUUCGGGAGGUGCACCACAUAGGGCCUGACGGGGAGGUGCUCGACUCCCUCCCUCUGGGCGAGUACCCGUAUGCACAAGCCCCCGUCCCGCCCGGCUAUGCCAUGGAUUCCUACAGGCCUCACUCCCCCUCUAGUGAAGCUGGAUCCCGGAGUCGCUACGAAGGCUAUCCCCCCACCUCCACUGCAGGGUAUGACUAUGACCCGUACUCCCGGGGGCCGAGGGGGGACUACCCCUACGACCAAGUGGGUUACCCGCCCCCCCAGACCCAGGCGAGCUACAGUGGGCACUUUCGAGGCGACGGAGCAGGUAACUACGUGGAUCCUGGCUACUUACAGCGACCCCCCACCCCACCUUCGCCUAGUGAGCGCUCCGAGUCCCCCCCUCCGCACCGCACCAUGCACAGAGCACUGGGGCAUGGUUAGCCCUGCCUCCUGACCUGCCAUGCCCGUGUAAGCCACCACACUCUCCUGGAUGGGCGCGUGUGAGGUGUGUGAGCGGGUGGUGUCGCCAUGCCACGUUCGUCAGUGUAUGUCAGAC